AUGCCCAGCCUGACUCUGAACACGAAUAUCACAAACGCCAACACGGUGGUGGCGCCAUCGCCGCCCCAGGGAGUAGCUCAGAUCUCGGAGCAACAGACACAAUCCCAUCCUCAAGCCGUACCAGAAGCGACCACCUCUCACGACAAGGUCGCCUCCGUCACACCCCACAAGGAAGAAACAUCCACUUCACAGGAUGCACGGCCAGGGUCGCCGCCGUCCAGGCGGUCGGAAUCCCCUCAGAGGCCGCCAUACAGCCCGAUAACACCGCCGCUCCGGGCCAGCGAGCUCCCAGAAAGACCAGAGUACACACAUCUCAACCAACUGCCGCAGACGGCAGUGGAGCCUCCCCGGCCGGAGCCCAUAGACUUUGCCAGCAACCCAGAUGUGCUCGCCCUGCAGAGCGCCAUCGCCAUCCUGCAGAUGCAGAAGCGCAAGGCUUCCGCCGACAUGGUGGCGCUGAGCAAGGCCAAGGAGGCCGCGCUGGCAGACCCGGCAGCCUUCCUCGCAGACCUGGGUAGUGGGAAGGUCGCCCAGGAAGGCGACAACUUGUUCAUUGGGGAAGGCGGAGACUCAGACAGCAGUAGUGACGGCGGCUCCGACACAGACGAUGAGUCUGGGGUGCCCUCGUCGAUAUCUGAAGAUCCAGGUACCGCGGCAAUGGCACCACGGAGACAGAGGAAGCCGAAAGCACGAGCGUCAAGGGCCGGCAAACAGCCAACAGCCAAGCAAAGCUCGCAGCCGUGGCACAACCUGCCAAAGCCACAGAAUGUAGUCCGUAUGCCGGCGAUCAACUGGGCGCAGUACGCAAUCGUGGGCGAGUCCCUCGACAAGCUGCAUCAGGAGCAGGUCAGCGCGCCCACACAGGGCAGCCCAGCAGUGAUGCAAGCCGACGGCACCUACGAAUUCACGUUUGGCAGCGCCAGUGGUCCUGCCGGUAUAUUCAACAGGCAGGAGAAGCUGCUCGGCGUCGCGGCACCAUACAACCCGGGCAAAGACAAAUUGGCAUCACAGAGAAAAGGCAGCAGUACGACGACACAAAAUGGUCUCCACCAGCAGCAACAAUCACAAAACAGCCAGCAGCCAGUCGCACCGGCAGGCCCGGCAAAGACACAACCAUCUGGGCCUACUGCUGCUGCUGCGGCACCUGGCACGGCAACACAGCGCUAG